AUGGAGGAGAGAAAAAACCGCUAUUCAUUACCUUCAAACUACCUUACUCUGGCUCAACUCCAAGAGCGAUGGCUGAAGCAACAAAACCAAAUCAACCAAUCAGAAUCACAGGAACAAAAUCAACAAUCUCCACAGCAGAACCACAAAAAACAACCACUCCUGCAUGCAGUCCCUCUGAGUAACGGAUCCGCCUCUAAGUCUAGUCCUCAGAAACAGUAUGUAGUCAAGAAUGGAAAAGAUUCUGAAACUCACCACCGCAAGACAGCAGCGAUAGAAGCCGACAAUCACCAAUCGGUGGCCAGAAUCGGUUACGGAGACAAAACCGUCGAUCUGGACGGAAAAGCCAGUAAAUCGAAGAAUAAGAAAAAGAAUGGGUACAAGAAGAAGAUUAGGAUAGGAAAUCCGAGAAAUAAGACAGAGGAGAGAGAAACGAGAGGAGAAGGUUCUGGAGCGAGAGGGGAAGGUUCUGGAACAACAGCACUGGAGAACGAAGCGUCAGAGAAAGCCACAAUGGAGAGCGAGGUGAAGGAGGAGGAAAAGAAGAAGGGUAGUUUGGUAACCAUGGAAGUUGAAGAGAGAGUUAGAGUUUCACCUGUUGAAGAGAGAAUUAAGGUUCAAUCGAUUAACUCAGGGCAUGGGAAACAGAAAGGAAGAUUUGGAAAAAGUAAUAAUAAUUUCAGUAGUUUUCAUCGGGAGAAGAAGAAUUCUGGUGGAGCCAAUCAUGGUUAUGUUAAGGGACAACGCUCUGUGGUUGGGCAGGAGGAAACAGAGAAGAAGAUGGUUUGGGUUAGGAAAGAUGCAAUUGAGGGUGAAAUUGAAACCUAG